AGAGCGAAUUCGGAUCCGUUCCGAGAUCAUCGGAGAGCCUUUUCGAUUUAUCAAACCCAUUUACCGAGGUUUUGACAAAAAUGAAUGAGAAAGAACUGCUCCAUGGGCUGAACGACCGUUUCGCCGGAUUCAUAGAGAAGGUGCGUCAUUUGGAGCAUGAAAAUGAAUUGUUUGAGAGGGAAAUCGAGGAAAUCAAACUAAAGGCACAGUCCCCUGCGUCUCUGGCCCAGGAGCACGAGCCGGAGCUUAUGGACCUGAGGAACCUAGUUCAUGACAUCUCCCUUCAGAAGCGUCAGAUCGAGAUAGAGCAUCAGAACCUGGAGGAAGAUUUCCUCAUCUUGAGAGACAAGUAUGAGCAGGAGGCACGUGACCGCUCGAACGCAGAGAACGGUAUCCUUGUGCUGAAAAAGGACGCCAACGAUGCAUACCUUGCCAAACUUCAGUUGGACAACAAAGCGCAGUCUUUGGUGGACGAGAUCCACUUCCUGAAGAACAACCAUGAGGACGAGAUAUCAGAAAUGGUGGCCCAGAUCCAAGAGGCUCAAGUAACGGUCAAGGCAUACAACUUUGGCAAACCUGACAUCACAGAGGCUCUCCGGGACAUCCGUGUGCAGUUAGAAGGUCACGCCACUUCCGACAUUCAGCAGGCCGAGGAGGGCUUCCGUGUCCAGUUCGCAAAGUUAACCAAAGCGGCAGAAAGUAACAGGGAGGCGUUGAAGGCAACCCAACAGGAGAUCCAGGAGAAUAGAAGGCACCUGCAGGGGAAGACAAUUGAACUGGACUGUGGUAAAGGAAUGAGAGAGGCCCUGGAAAAACAACUACAAGAGCUGGAGGAGCGUCACUAUGCAGAAUUGAUUCAUUACCAGGACACUAUCAGGCAGCUGGAGAAUGAGCUGACCAAUGCUAAACUAGACAUGUCUGGCUACCUGAGAGAGAACCAGGACCUGCUGAAUGUCAAAAUGGCUUUGGAUGUGGAGAUUCUCUCUUACAGGAAACUCCUGGAGGGUGAGGAGUCCCAUCUGUACACCAUCUCUGACACCCAAAUCUCCAUGCCCUGCAUCUACCGCCAGUCCCCCGUCUACACCCUGCCUUGCCUGGCCCGGCAGGGAGGGCCCACACACAGGUCUGAACCCCAGUACAAGUUUGUUGAGGAGAUCAUCACUGAGACCACCAGAGACAUGGAGAUGUCCGAGAUUGAGGAGACGGUCGGGAAAGAGGGAGACAAGUUGAGACAGAAGCAGGGAGAAGAGAGUGACAAAGCUGAGAGGAGAAGUGGGGAACAGGUGGAUGAGCAGAAAGAGAAAGCUAGAGGUAAAGUGGAUGUUGAAGUGGACGCCCCGGAGGAAGAGGGUGAACAGGAGGAAGAGUCUAAGAGACAGCAGAUGGUCACAUCAGCAGAGGUCGAGGUAAAUGGAGAUGGAGUUAGCCCUAGUGAGGGAGAAAAUGGAGAGGAGGGAGAUGAUGAAAGAGAGGAGGAAAAGGGGGGUGAGCCAGAUGCAAUCAAAAAGACAGAGGACAUUGACAGAGGUGAAAAUACACAAAGUGAAGUCAAAUCAGCUGAGGCCACCAGUGAGGGAGAGAAGGAAAAACUGGACACAACAGAGAAGCUAGACAGCGAGAUAAAUGAGACAUUAGAAAAAGAUGACACCCCAAACCAUGGCAAAUCCCAACUAGAGGUUCCCAUGAAUGGUGACAUCUCAACAGAACCCAAAACGUCAGAGUCAGAGGAUAGCAAAACAGGAAGUUCAAUAAAGGGUGAACCCCAGGUCCCCACAGAGGACAUCUCCAAAGAACCCAAAAAGGUGUCAGAGGAGAGAAAAAUAGAAAGCCCUUUACAAGAGAAAAAAGAGGUAGAUCUGAAAGAGGAGAGUGCCCCAACAGAGCAACAACAAGAUAGCCCAAAAGAAAGUCCCAUCAAAGAGGGGAAAAAGGUAGAUCUGACAGACCAGAGUGCCCCAACACUGGAGCAGAAACCUGAUCAGAAGGAGCACAGAGAGUCAGACCAACCUCAAGAGGCAGAGAGUGCUGUGACAACACAAGAAGAGGAUCUCCCUGAGCCCACAGAGAAGGACAUGGAAUCCCCUGAUAACACUGCAGAGCUCAACAUCAGUUCAACCAAGGAGACAGUGGAGCAGGUGAAGUCACCUGAUGAUUCUGGUGUAAAAACGAAACAAGAUGAGAGAACAGUAGGAGGUAAAAUGCCAGACAGAAUUCUCAGCACAACAAGUGAGUGUAAGGAAGACCUUGUGCAAAAGAUUCCUAAAAAGGAGGUGGGUCCGACAGAGCAAAAAGUAAGCAGCAAGGAUGAUUGUGUAAAAAUUGUUGGCAGUGAAAAGGUCACAAAAGAUGUAUCAAUGGGUGAGGAAAAAGGGAAAGAAUCGGAGACAUCCCCCAAACCCGACCCCACUGUGACUCCUAAAGAAGAAACAAGCCUGUAUUCAGAGCCAACUGUCACCCCUAAAGAAGAAACUUCCAUUAAACCAGAACCAGCAGUCACUGCAAAAGAAGAAACGUCCCCAAAACCAGAACUAGCAGUCACCACUAAAGAAGAAACUUCCCCAAAAACAGAACUAGCAGUCACCACUAAAGAAGAAACGUCCCCAAAACCAGAACUAGCAGUCACCGCAAAAAAAGAAACUUCCCCAAAACCAGAAUUAGCAGUCACGGCUAAAGAAGAAACUUCCCCAAAACCAGAACUAGCAGUCACGGCUAAAUUAGAAACUUCCCCAAAACCAGAACUAGCAUUCACCACUAAAGAAGAAACGUCCCAAAAACCAGAACCAGGAGUCAUCCCAAAAGUAGAAACUUCCCCAAAACCAAACUCAACCAUCACCCCUAAAGAAGAAACGUCCCCAAAACCAGAACCAGCAGUCAACCCUAAAGAUGACACAUCCCCUAAACCGGACCCCACUGUCACUCCUAAAGAAGAAACAACACCGCAUCCAGAGCCAACUGUCACCCCUAAAGAGGAGACAUCUCCUAAACCGUAUCCCACUGUCACCCCUAAAGAGGAAACACCCCCAAAACCAUUCCUGACAGUCGCCCCUAAAGAGGAGACAUUCCCUAAACCAGAACUAUCAGUCACCGCUAAAUUAGAAACUUCCCCAAAACCAGAUCUAGCAGUCACCCCUAAAGAACAAACUUCCCCGAAACCAGAACCAGCAGUAACCCCUAAAGAAGAAACGUCCCAAAAACCAGAACCAGGAGUCAUCCCAAAAGUAGAAACUUCCCCAAAACCAGAACUAGCAGUUACCCCUAAAGUAGAAACUUCCCCAAAACAAAGCUCAACCAUCACCCCUAAAAAAGAAACGUCCCCAAAACCAGAACCAGCAGUCGCCCCUAAAGAUGACACAUUCCCUAAACCGGACCCCACUGUCAACCCUAAAGAAGAAACUUCCAUUAAACCAGAACCAGCAGUCACCCCUAAAGAAGAAGCUUCCCCAAAACCAGAUUCAACCAUCACCCCUAAAGAAGAAACUUCCCCAAAACCAGAUCUAGCAGUCACCCGUAAAGUAGAAACUUCCCCAAAACCAGAACCAGCAGUCACCGCUAAAGUAGAAACUUUCCCAAAACCAGUACUAGCAGUCACACCUAAAGAUGACAUUUCCCCAAAACCAGAACUAGCAGUCACCCCUAAAGAAGAAUCUUCCCCAAAACCAGAACCAGCAGUCACCCCUAAAACUGAAACAUUCACUAACCCAGACCCCACUGUCACUCCUAAAGAAGAAACUUCCCCAAAACCAGAACCAGCAGUCACCCCUAAAGUAGAAACUUCCCCAAAACCAGAACCAGCAGUCACCGCUAAAGUAGAAACUUCUCCAAAACCAGCAGUCACCCCUAAUGUAGAAAUUUCCCUAAAACCAGAGCACACUGUCACUCCUAAAGAAGAAACAACCCCGCAACCAGAGCCAACUGUCACUCCUAAAGAGGAGACUUCCCCUAAACCGUACCCCACUGUCAACCCUAAAGAAGAAACUUCCAUUAAACCGUUCCCCACUAUUGCCCCUAAAGAGGAGACAUCCCCUAAACCGUAUCCCACUGUCACAACUAAAGAAGAAACAUCCCCUAAACCGUUCCCCACUGUUGCCCCUAAAGAGGAGACAUCCCCUAAACCAGAACCAGCAGUCACCGCUAAAGAAGAAACUUCCACAAAAUCAUCUCUAGCAGUCACCCCUAAAGUAGAAACUUCCCCAAAAACAGUAAUAGCAGUCACACAUAUAGAAGAAACUUCCCCAAAACUAGAACCAGCAGUCACCCCUAAAGAAGAAACGUCCCCAAAACCAGAACCAGCAGUCACCCCUAAAGAUGACACAUUCCCUAAACCGGACCCCACUGUCACUCCUAAAGAAGAAACAACCCCGCAUCCAGAGCCAACUGUCACCCCUAAAGAGGAGACAUCUCCUAUACUGUACCCCACUGUCACCCCUAAAGAGAAAACAUCCCCUAAACCAUUCCCGACAGUCGCCCCUAAAGAGGAGACAUUCCCUAAACCAGAACUAUCAGAACCAACAGUCACCCCUAAAGAGGAGACAUCCCCUAAACCAUAUCCCACUGUCACCACUAAAGAAGAAACAUCCCCUAAACCGUUCCCCACUAUUGCCCCUAAAGAGGAGACAUCCCCUAAACCGUAUCCCACUGUCACCACUAAAGAAGAAACAUCCCCUAAACCGUUCCCCACUGUUGCCCCUAAAGAGGAGACAUCUCCUAAACCAGAACGAGCAGUCACCACUAAAGUAGAAACUUCCCCAAAACCAGAACUAGCAGUCACAACCAGAGAAGAAACUUCCCCAAAGCCAGAACCAGCAGUCACCGCUAAAGAAGAAACUUCCACAAAAUCAUCUCUAGCAGUCACCGCUAAAGUAGAAACUUCCCCAAAACCAGAACUAGCAGUCACACAUAUAGAAGAAAGUUCCCCAAAACUAGAACCAGCAGUCACCCCUAAAGAAGAAACUUCCCCAAAACCAGAACCAGCAGUCACCCCUAAAGUAGAAACUUUCCCAAAACCAGACCCAACCAUCACCCCUAAAGAGGAAAUAUCCCCUAAACCAGACUCAACUCUCACCCCAGAAUUAACGACCACCCCUAAACCAUACUCAACCCUCACCCCAGAAUCAACAACCACCCCUAAACCAGACUCAACCCUCACCCCAGAAACAACGACCACCCCUACAGAAGAGAGUGAAAUGAUGGGCAGUGGUGACAAAGCUAAGACAAUCACACCACCAGAGAAACAGAUGCCUGCAGUUGCAGAGAGCAAGGACUCACACAGGGGGGCACCAGAAAGCAACACAAUUCAAGAGAAACCAGAGGAAAGUAUGGACAAAGAGCCUGAGAAGGGUAAGGGUAACUUCAAGUUCCUUGGCUUCCACAUCACCAACAAACUAACAUGGCCCAAGGACACCAAGAAAGUCAUGAAGAGGGUAUGA